AUGCUGCCCACCAUGACCCUGCCCAGCAUGUCCUGGAUGCUGCUCUCCUGCCUCAUGCUCCUAACUCAGGUUCAAGGUGAGGAUUCCAAGGAUGAAGUUAACUUCACAAGGGGCAGCUGUCCCCCAGGGUCCUAUGCCUUUCGCUCCCUCUGCUAUGCCUUGUUUAGGACACCAAAAUCCUGGAAUGAAGCUGAUAUUGCCUGCCAGAAGCGACCCACAGGAUCCCUCGCGUCUGUGCUCAGUGGGGCUGAGGCGUCCUUCUUGGCCUCUGUGGUCAAGAACAAUUUGAAUACCUAUCAAUACAUCUGGAUUGGGUUUCAUGAUCCCACACAGGGCUAUGAGCCCAAUGGAGGAGGAUGGGAGUGGAGUAACAAUGAUGUGCUGAAUUACGUUGCCUGGGAGAAAACCCCCCCCUCCACCCCAAACCCUGGCUACUGCGCCAGCUUGUCACAACACUCAGGAUAUCAGAAGUGGAAAGAUUAUUCCUGCGACCAGAAGUUACCUUAUAUCUGCAAGUUCAAGAAUUAG